AGUGUCGAACGAGUGUUUUAGCUCGUUGACCGCCAGUAUGCCGGUGCAAGCCUGUUGAAUGGCCUCUACGUCUGCAUAACGCUGUCCUUUCUUAACUUCACUUUCAAUCGAUGAAAUGUCAUGAAAUUCUCACUGAACAAUCGAUAAAUAGCAGAUUCUAAUGCACCAGUCGACAUGUAGAUGGCGCCACCAGGGGGCGUUUACUUUGGAACACACCUUGUAUGUAUCUGGUACAAAGAAGAAAUGAAAUGAAACAAUUAUGACUAAAAGUUGUGAUAUUAAUUACUCAUUUACGAUACUAACUUCUUACAAAUUCUCAUGAAGUGCACGAUUUAACACCGCUUGCGUUUCGCUGAAGAAGCAACUGAAUACGUCUUUAAGGGGAAGUACAAGAACGAAGGCUUUUUAUGCUCUCGAAGUAAAAUAAGCAUGACAGGCUUUUCAUUUUAAUUCAAAUUCCUUCAAAUUUCCACACCUUAGGUCCAUGUUUGAACUAGAGUUUUUAUUCCAAAUACGUUAAGUUCCACAUCGCUAAAUCUUUACGGUCUAAUGAGUAAGCAAAUCAACUUUAUUUUUCUAAGCUAGAUGUUCUGUAAGUGAAAUAAACUUGUAGCUAACGCUUAUACUAAUACUAAGACUUAUUUUAUUUAUUACAAGACUGAAAACUCAUAACAUACACUUUUCUAAUAUUAUGUUUUGUCCUGAAAAAAUAUAUAUGUAUAUGUGACUUUUUAAGUUUCUUUUCAGUAAGAAGAAAUCAUCAAAACCGGAGAAUGGAAUUCAAAAAUGUAUAUGUAUUAUGAAGGAAACGUGACUGGUAUCAGACUCCACAUAUUGCCACGAAGUUGCUAUCAUACGGCAGUUGUUUAAAUAAAGCCGUUUUUUGAGAACAAUAAAUCUUAACUUUUCUGUAAUUACAUGGCUCCUAUAGAACGAAGGUAGCUCUGCGUUGGUAGGCGGAUGGUAUCUAUAGCAAUUUCCAUAUAUGUAUCUUGGUAAGGUUUUCAAUGACCUUCUUCUUGACCUUUCUUCUUCAGAUUCUUCUAAUGCGCGCUUCAAUUCAACUUUCGGAGUGUUCACAGUAAAACCAAACGAGAUUCGGCCUUAUCGCUUGACGUAGCUGUUAAAGCAGCAUCCACCAGUUUAAUCAGUGUUUUUAUGUGUGUAAAUAUGUAUAUGCUAGAUUGCAGGCGCCGACUUUUCAUUCUGGAUAUUGAGUGUGUGGUUCAAAUAUUGCACCACUUGCCUACGUUCGUUUACAUUUGUGAUGCGCUACAAGAGCUGUGCGAGAGCCUUAUCAACUACUGAGAAAAGCGCUGCGAGAGUGCAUUGCACUGAAGCAAUAUUUCGAGCUUCAGUGACUUUUGUUUACAUAUAGGAAGCAAAUAGUUUUUAUUUAUAUUUGAUUUGUUGUUAUUUAUAUAGUGAAAUAAGCAUUCAUUUAUUGGGUUGGUACAGCAGCAAUAGCUUUCAGAGAGAAACAAUUCAUUACAGUAUUAUUUAAGUUGUGUAAUAUAACUGUUAUUGAAUCUCUCUGCCAUAAAUACAAUUUUUUUCUGUGAAGAUUAAUGAGCUUUGACUUUUUUUUAGAUGUUCAACAGGUAGAUUCAUUUGAUCGGGCCCUUGUAGGGUGCUCUCAGUCAGCAGCGCAUAGUACUUAAGCCUCAACUUGUUUGCUACUUACGAAGCUGGCUGAUUGGCUCAAGUGUGCACUUCAACUUGUUGCAGCCAAGCAAAGCGCCGCAAUCGCUGUGAGUUGCUCGUCGUGUUCGGGCUCUUGGUGUGGUGAGGUGCGUGUCGAUUUACGCAGAGAACGCAUGAUACAAAAAUAGAACGAACACAAACAUUUACACCAAUAAGAAAGUUAAUUAAGUGAAUUCUACAAAAAAAUAACAAAUCCAAUAAAACAAAGGAUCUCAGUUAGCAAGUGAUACAUACUAAAAUGUAAAUCCGUAUUAAAUGUUAAAAAGUGUAAAAGUACAAAGAAAUGGGCCUUGCUCUUGCUUGCGUACAAAAUAAGUGAAAUUUUCGGUGUAAAUAAUUUUUUGUUUUCAAAAACUUUCACCGCCUGUUGGUGGCAUUUAGUUGCAUUUGUCGAUAUAACAGUUGAUUUAAAACAUUUUGUUGCUUAACUCAAUAUCAGUAAAAAUUCUAAUCAAACAAAUACAGUUAUGCUGCAGCUCCUGCUGCUAUUUACUUUACUACUCCCUUACGUCUGCCACUCUCAAGUCCCGGCAUCUCCUUGCGAGUCGCGUUUCAGCUACGUACACGAGGGCAAUGAAUACUUUGGCCAAAUCAAAUUGGAUCGCUUGGAAAGAGGACGCACCGAGAUUAAAGUGGCAUUCUCACAACGUGACUCAUUAACUUCCAACUACUACGGCCGUAUUACACCAUAUCCGGAAGGGCCACUGCAAGUGAACCGAGUACCGGCCUUAUUUCGGGUACAUUUUCCGAACCCGAGCAAACCACCGAAAUUAACUAAGCUCAGCAUCAAUGGAAACGUACUCUGCUCUAGCUCUCGAUAUUCAGCGCCAAGUAGUUGGUUCGAACUUACAUACACUGUAAAUGCCCAAGGUGGAAAUCCACCUCCACAAACAGUAGUGGAAACACCGACCUACGUAACAGCACCCCCACCUGCACCUACUCGACCGAACCCAACCUACACCACUUGGGCCGAACUCCUGCACAACUACACUACGACGGUACCAAAAGGACCAGCGUCUACGCGUGCACCAAGCACUGCACCGCCACCGAUGACAUUCUCCAAUAUCUUUCUCACCGAGCGCUUUCAGCAAAAUACCACUGUUACCUGCGGCACCGAAGGUAAUGUCGUCCGUCCGUUCCUACAUGGCGGCAAAGAGUUGGUACGCGGACAAUUUCCUUGGAUGGCAGCGGUUUAUCGCAAGGAGACGGUGCAUAGCCUGUCCUACAUUUGUGGCGGCACAUUAUUGUCGCAACGAAGUGUUGUCUCAGCAGCACAUUGCUUUCAAAACCUGCCCGCCACACAGGUGGCGCUCUUUCUCGGUCGCACAAAUUUGGAGAGUUUUAGUGAGGAUGGAUUUGUCACGCGCGACGUUGAACGUUUGAUUAUACAUCCGGAUUAUAAUAGUCUGCCAGACGCGGAUAUUGCAGUGAUGCGUAUGGCGGCUAUAAGCAGUUACACCGAUUUCAUACGUCCCAUUUGCCUGUGGACAGAGUCGACACAAGUCUCACGCGUCGUUGGCCUCUCAGGCACUGUAGCUGGUUGGGGCUCCAAUGAGAAUGGCCAGCUGGUCUCACCGAUCGCCAAGAGAGCACAAGUGAAAAUCGUUAGCGAAGUGGAUUGCAUACGCUCCUCGGCGGUUUUCUCCAAGCUAGUAACGAGUCGCACAUUUUGUGCCGGUAAUCGCGAUGGAGUGGGGCCCUGCAUGGGCGACUCGGGCAGUGGCUUGGUACUACAACGCAACAACCGUUGGAUGCUGCGGGGCAUAGUGUCUUUCGGGCAGACUAAUCGGGGACAGUGCAACUUGUACGAAUAUGUGGUGUACGUUGAUGUGGCUCAGCAUUUGAAUUGGCUUGAAGAUAAUAUAUAAAUUAUAUGAAGGCAGACAGUUUAAUUAUAACAUUUAUUUAUUAUUAUUUAAGUUUUAAUUUAAGUAAAUACCCGAUGAAGUAAUCUUUAAGGAAACGAGGUAUCCCUAGCAUUGUAAUGCAUUCCACAGAAAGAUGCAAUAAAUGGAAAAAGUGCCAACGUUUUAAUACAAUAAGGUUUUAUUAGCGAUUAUCUAUUCUGAUCUCGGUUCUGUGAAGCUUAAACCUGUGUAGAUGAAACCUAAGUAUUUCCCGGCAUAACUAGUCUUCCUGACUUUGGCAGCAUGUGAACAUUAACUUCUCUAAAUCUUCAACCGGUGUAGAUGAAUGUCAUGUUUAACUUUAGUUAAUCUCAUGCCCAUAAUGGCUCUAAUAACUAUGGUAUAUCAUCCGUCAGUGAAUUUUAUAUUUUUCUGAGACAUCGAUUUGUAAUUUUUCACUACGCUAUUCUUUUGUCGGAACCGCCUAUAUCGGCCCACUGUCGCAUUAAACUGACAGAUAAGCUAAUCAAUCAAAAUCAAAUUAUUUCAUAGAAAACUUUUUUAUUUGCGAUUUCGAAUCAUGCUGAUACAGUAAUGUAUAUAU